GCAUAUUGCCUCCGAGUGUACCACAAAAUCUCUUUGUUGGAAUUGCCGAGAGCCAGGCCACAUGGCUGGAGAUUGUCCAAAUGAAGGAAUCUGCCACACUUGUGGAAAGGCAGGACAUCGUGCUAGAGACUGCGCGGCUCCUCCCCUGCCUCCUGGUGACCUGAAGCUGUGCAAUAACUGCUUCAAGCAAGGCCAUAUUGCAGUCGACUGCACCAAUGACAAGGCAUGCAAAAAUUGUAGGAAGACUGGUCACCUGGCACGUGAUUGUCAAAAUGAUCCUGUGUGCAACCUAUGUAAUAUAUCUGGUCAUAUGGCGAGAGAUUGCCCCAAAGCUGGUGCUCUUGAAGAGAGGGGUGGUGGAGCUCGUCCUUUUGGUGGGGGAGGAGGAUAUAGGGACAUUGUAUGUCGUAACUGCCAGCAAGUGGGCCACAUGAGUCGAGAUUGCAUGCCAUUGAUGAUCUGUCACAACUGUGGGGGAAGAGGACACCUAGCUUAUGAGUGCCCCUCCGGAAGGUUUAUGGACCACCCCUCCGGAAGGUUUAUGGACCGCCCUCCGGGAAGGUUUAUGGACCAUCCCCCUGGAAGGUUUAUGGACCGUUUUCCUAGGAGGUACUGACUGAUAAAAGACCUGCCAUAUCAAUAGGGUGACUAUUGAUGAUAUCUUGUUCUUCUUCCCUCUUCGAAUUGGGAUUGACAUUUACUUUAGAAUAUCGGAAUUUUGGAACUACUUAUUUUGAUUUGUGUCUUUAUAUCUUUUGAAUGGAUAUGAUGAAACUAUUAUUUAGAACAUGGAUUGAUGUAAACUAUAGCGAGGCGCAUUUUUAUUUGGUGAUUCUGCUAGCCAAUGCAAGGAUGAGGGCAACGAACAUAUUGGUUU